UUGCUAUAUUAAACAUUCACUGCGAACGGAUGCAAAUGUUUAUAUUGUUAAAGCAACAACACAAGUCUUCUGAUAAGCUGAAAAUAUUCUUUUUAAUUAAAAUUAAAUUUUGCAAUGGCCAACGAUUCAACUGACGCUGCCCUGGAUGGAGGUAUUGGAAGUGGCAAUGAUGGCGUUUUGUUCUCGCCAGUUAAUAGCGAAAAUCCAAAUUUUCAAAAAUAUAUGGACACAAUGAUGACUAAGAGAUCUGCAGCAGAGUACAAUAUGCGGCACAAAAGCCGGGGCAUGGCCUUGAUUUUUAACCACAAAUUUUUUGCUAAACUAGCAACUAGAAAUGGAACCGAUGUGGACUGUGCGAAUUUGGAGUGUGUGCUUCGUCAGCUGGACUUUAGAGUAAGAGUAUAUCCGGACUAUAAAUACGAGCAGAUUUUAAGCGCCGUUAAAGAAGCUGCAUCGCUGGACCAUACGGACAACGACUGCAUAAUGGUGGUCAUACUUUCCCACGGCGAGAUGGGAGUCAUAUCUGCGUAUGAUAUGGACUACUCGCUAGAGAGCAUUUGGAGCUGUUUCACACCUAAUAACUGCCCGUCGCUGGCCAACAAACCCAAACUAUUCUUUAUACAGGCAUGUCGGGGCAGCGAAUUGGACUCAGGCACCGAACUAAAACGCAUUGAGACAGAUGGCGACGGAUCCAUAAAAUAUAAGAUACCAACGCAUGCUGAUUUUCUAACUGCUUACUCUACCAUGCCAGGCUACUACUCUUGGCGAAAUACCGUGAAAGGCAGCUGGUUCAUACAAAGUCUUUGCGCUGAGCUUGAGGAGAAUGGCAAACAGCUGGACCUGCUCACAUUGCUGACAUUUGUUUGCCAACGUGUUGCAGUGCUGUUCGAGUCAGCCACACGAGACCCUGAGAUGCAUAAGAAGAAACAAAUGCCCUGCAUUGCCUCUAUGCUAACACGUAUAUUACUUUUUAGACAGAGAGAAGGAUCCAUACCUACACCCACACGAGCCAACUGAUUAUUGAAUUAUUUUCAUUGUACACUUUUUAUAUAUUCUUAAUUUUGAC